CGUUUCCCUGUCGCCAACCUUAAUUCCACAUCUCACGCGACUACACCUUCAACACCACCAUCAAUCACUCACACCACUCACGAUUGUCUUUUAGUCGACACCAACGUCGUUCAUCAGAGGAAGAAACACUAGUAGUGCCCAACGGCCGUGGAGAGCCUUUCACUCUCAUCCAACGCGGCAACGUUCGAUUGUCUUUGCGUAAACCACCGCCGCUUCCACAACCCAGCCGCAUCCCAUAUAUCAGUUCGUUUUCCAGCUCUGGCGUCGACCAUCGCGAAAUCAUUGUUGUACGACUCAUCUCACCAAACAACACCCGAUUGCUACGUUCGUACUGCGCCGCCAUGUCUGCCAGCCCGCGUCAGACAAGCCUGUUCGAGUUCGCCUUUUCUAGGAGCGGAGGCAGCCGAUCCCAGGACGCACCACGUCAACAAGACCAACAGCAGCAACGACAACAGGCAUCCACGCAAUCACCAAACCCCUCAUCCCCAGCGCAGUCGUCCUCAUCAGCAGCCACCACCAACACCACCACUACCACCACCACACGCUCUACCCAGCCUCAAUCCCGCCGCGGCGGUGACCGCUCCAACCCGUCCCUCGCGUCCGUCUCUGCCGAGACCCGCGCCGUCCUCCCCAAGAUCCUUGCCCACCUCCCCCACCUUGACGCCUCCUCCUCCGAGGCACUGCACAUAGACCAUCUCCCGCCUCUCAGGUCCUCCAGCUGCCCGUCCCACGCCCCCCGCGCCACCAUCCGCAUCGUCAACGCCGACUCCCUCAAUGCCGCCGUCGACCUCGCCGCCCUCCGCCCGAACGCCGGCCGCGUCGCCGUCCUAAACAUGGCCUCCGACAUCCGCCCCGGCGGCGGCUGGCUCAAGGGCGCCGUCGCCCAAGAAGAGGCCCUCUGCUACCGCUCCUCGCUGCACCUGAGCUUGCACGACCGCUACUACCCGCUCCGUCGCCGCGGCGGCCUCUACUCCCCCGACGUCCUCGUCAUCCGCGCCGACAUGGCGAGCGGCCACGCCCUCCUCGUCCCACCCAUGCCGCCCGUCGACCUGCCCGUCGUGAGCGUCCUCAGCGUCGCCGCCAUCCGUCGUCCGGAGCUCAGGAAGCGGCAAGUCGCCGCCGCGGGAGGGGGAGGCGAGGAGUGGGAGUUCGCGCGGCCCGCGGACCGCGCGCUGACCAAGGACAAGAUGAGGCUGUGCUUGCGCAUGGCCGCGAGCCGCGGUCACGGCUUGCUGGUGCUGGGCGCCCUGGGGUGCGGCGCGUUCCACAACCCGCCGGGCGAGGUCGCGCAGUGCUGGCGUGAGGUGCUCGACGAGGCCGAGUUUAGUGGGGGCUGGUGGACCGAGGUCUGGUUCGCCGUGUAUGACCGGAAGAACGAGGGCAACUUUGAGGUGUUUGACGAGGUGCUGGGCGGCCUCCAGGUUUAGGGUCGGUGUAUCAAUGUCACGGUUGUCUACAUGGCUAUAUCAAGCGGAAGCGAUGCUACGGUAAGGGAGACAGCACGGAGUUGAGCCCGGUAUCUUUGAGUCUUGGAAGCAUGGCCUUCCAAACGGCCUUGUAUUUAGUUUCCAUUGCCAUACUAGCGAAGCCAAGUACAUAGGUAGAGAGUCAGCGCAGAGUGGGCGUGGUAUUAGCAAUCCUUUUCCGACAAUCAUGAACUCUCCUC